AUGGCUUUCAAAUUCGUAGUAUUUUUGGCUGCUUUGGCUUGCGCCAACGCUGGAUUCAUUGGAGCACCAGCUGCCCAACAAUACACCACCUCCGUUAGCAGCAGCUACGUUCAACACAACACUCCAGUUAAACAUGUAGCUCAAACCUACGCACAUGCCGCCCCAGUUGUCGCCAAGACCGUAUCCACCUAUGCUCAAGCUGCCCCAGUAGUUGCCAAGACUGUAGCCCCAGUAGCUACUUACUCUCAAGUUGCCCCAGUCGCCUAUGCCCAGGCUGCCCCAGUAGCUUACGCUCAAGCUGCUCCAGUAGCUUACGCUCAUGCUGCUCCAGUUGCCUAUACCCAAUCUGCUCCAGUAGCUUACGCUCAUGCCGCUCCAGUAGCCUACGCUCAAGCUGCUCCAGUAGCUUACGCUCAAGCUGCUCCAGUAACUUACGCUCAAGCUGCUCCAGUUGCUUACGUUCAUGCUGCUCCAGUAGCUUACGCACAAGCUGCCCCAGUUGCCUACACCCAAUCUGCCCCAGUAGCAUACGCCCAAGCUGCUCCAGUAGCCUCCAAGACUAUCACCACCUACGCUCAAGCCCCAGUAGCUACCUACGGCCCAGUUGUUGCCAAGACUGUUGCUGCUCCAGCCUACGGUUAUGCCCAUCAAGCUCCAGUAGUUGCCAAGACUGUAGCCCCUGUAGCUACUUACUCUCAAGUUGCCCCAGUCGCCUAUGCCCAGGCUGCUCCAGUAGCUUACGCACAAGCUCCACUUGCCUAUGCUCAAGCUGCCCCAGUAGCCUACGGACCAGCUCAAGUAGCUUAUGCUGCCCCAGUAGCUUCCUAUGCUCCAGUAGUUGCUAAGACCAUCGCCGCCCCAGUUGCCACCUACGCCGCUGCUCCAGUAGCCUACACCCAUGCUGCUCCAGUAGCCCAAAAAUGGUAA